AUGGAGAUCCACGCCGAAUCAAUUGACACAGUUAGCAAUGGCCAAGUCAAAGCCAUCGCAGUCGAAGACAUCCAAGCCACCUUUGGCUCGACCAGCAUCGACCUGAUCAGCAAACCCCUGGGCUCGCGCAUCCUCUCCUUCUCCGACGAAUGGUUCGCCGCCGCCGAGAACCUCACCACUCCCACGGCACCCAUUCGCAAACCCGGCGUCUUCGUCUUCAGCGGCGCCUGGUACGAUGGCUGGGAAACACGCCGUCACAACACCGAACCUUUCGACUGGGUCGUCUUCCGUCUAGGCGUUGCUUCCGGCAGAGUCAAGGGCGUGGAAAUCGACACUGCCUUCUUCAACGGCAACCACGCUCCCGAAGUUGCUGUCCAAGCAUGUUUCGCAUCCGACGAUCGCGAGGAAGAGAUCAAGAGCAAGGACUUUGGCGAGUGGGAGACUAUCCUGCCGAUACAAGAGUGCGGACCCAGUCAGCGACACGCCUGGCUGCUUCCUGAGACAACGAAACCAUACACCCAUGUGAGGUUGCAGAUGUUCCCAGACGGCGGUAUCGCUCGCUUCAGACUCUUUGGCGAUGUACAAGCCGUUCUUCCUCAAGACACUUCUGCCGUCUUUGAUCUUGCUGCCAUCGUCAACGGAGGUGUGGCCAUCAAGUGCUCGGAUCAGCAUUUCGGCACAAAAGACAACCUCUUGCUUCCUGGCAGAGGCAAGGAUAUGGGCGACGGAUGGGAGACCAAGCGCACUCGAGGUGUACACGUCGAUUGGUGCAUCAUCAAGCUCGGUGUCUCGGGCAUCAUUGAGAAGCUCCUCAUCGAUACUGCACACUUCCGUGGCAACUUCCCUCAAAAGGUCCAGGUAUUCGCUGCCCCUGCCAGCGAAACGGCUCCUGAGCACGACUCCUCCGCUUGGGUUGAGAUCCUGUCGCCGCAGAAGACCGGUCCGGACUUUGAACAUGUCUACGAGGGUAGUGUAUUGAGCCAGGUGCAAGACAAGGCUUACGGCUCUGUGAAGCUCGUCAUGAUUCCCGACGGAGGUAUUUCGAGGAUCAAGGUCUUCGGUCGCAAGGCUGUGUAG